AUGCUCGCGGCGAACGCGGCGCCGGCGGUCUUCGACGCGCGCGCCGCCGCGGUCGCCGCGCUGCAGGCCGAGAUCGACGCGGAGGAAGAGGAAGAGAGGGCGACGUCGGCGGAGGACGCGUCCAGGCUCGCGGCGGAGCGACGCGAGCGCGCCAACCGCGCGUCGAGAGAUUGCCCGUACCUCGACACGGUGAACCGCGCGCUGCUGGACUUUGACUUCGAGAAGUGCUGCUCCGUGUCGCUGUCCCCGAACAACGUCUACGCGUGCUUGGUGUGCGGGAAGUACUUCGCGGGGAGAGGCCCGAACACGCACGCGUACACGCACUCGUUGGAGGCGACGCACCACGUGUUCAUGAACUUGCACACCGGGAAAGUCUACUGCCUUCCCGACGCGUACGAGAUCGUGGACCGAUCGUUAGACGACAUCCGGCACGUCCUCGAUCCGACGUUCACGCCCGCGCAGAUCGAGGAGACGGAGACGAAGAAGAUGUGGAGCCGCGGCUUGGACGGGACGGACUACCUCACCGGCGCGAUCGGGUUGAACAAUCUGAAGGCGACGGAUUACGUCAACGUCGUGUUGCAAGCGCUCAUGCGCGUCAAGCCGGUGCGGAAUUUCUUCUUGAGCGACGACCAGAGCUUGCUCGUUCAGCGCUUCGGCGAGCUCACGCGGAAGAUUUGGAACUCGCGGAACUUCAAAGGUCAGGUGUCUCCGCACGAGUUCAUGCAAGCGGUGCUGGCGUCGUCGCGGCGGCGGUUUCUCGUGGACAAGCAGUCCGACCCGGUCGACUUCAUGACGUGGCUUCUCAACACGCUGCACCGCGACCUCAGCGGUAAGAUGAAGGGCGGCAGCUCCGUGAUCAACCACUGCUUCCAAGGCGAGCUCGAGGUGACGUCCGUGGGGCGACCGGGCGAGACUGGCGAGAGCGCGAAGAUGCCGUUUUACACGCUCGCGUUGGACCUGCCGCCGCCGCCGUUGUUCCAAGACGCGAUGGAGAACAACUUCAUCCCGCAGGUGCCGCUGUCGCAGAUCUUGCGAAAGUUCGACGGGGAGACGCCGCACGAGGUCUUGCGCCCGACCCCGGGGGUGAAGACGUACAAGAUAUCGCGGCUGCCGCGGUACCUCAUCGUGCACUACAAGCGCUUCACGAAGAACAACUUUUUCGUGGAGAAGAACCCCACCAUCGUGACGUUUCCCGUGAAGAGCCUGAGACUCGGCGACCACGUCCCGGUCCCGACGCGGCCGAACGCGAUCCCGGGGGGCGGUCAACCCGUGGACAGCACGUACGACCUCGUCGCGAACGUGUGCCACGACGGCAAGCCCGCGGAGGGGUCGUACCGCGCGAUGGUGCAUCACGUCGCGGACGGCAACUGGUACGAGGUGAACGACCUCGUCGUCAGCGAAGUGUUGCCGCAGCAGGUGGUCCUCACGGAGUGCUACCUGCAGAUUUAUCAGCUCCGCGAGGGCGACGGCGGCGGCGGCGGCGCGGUCGCGAUGGACGCCGCGUGA